UAUGGACUUUUUGAACUGGAGUUGCCAUGACGUUGCUGAAUGGAUUGAAUCUGUAGGAUUUCCACAAUAUAAAGCGUGUUUCACUGAGAACUGCAUUACGGGACGCAAGCUCAUUUAUGUAAACUGCACAUAUUUGCCAAGACUUGGAAUCACAGAUUUUAAAGAUAUGCAGGUGAUCUCUGCUCGUGUGCGUGACCUGCCGAGAGUCUCGGAGAGCCCGUGGAGUCGCAGCAUAGCUGACCCCCCGCGGGACACCAUGGGCCUGUUCUUGGAGAAAAAGCCGCACGGGUAAAGAAGCAGACAGCCUCACCUACCAGCAGUUCCU